AUGCCAGUCGAAUCUGCUCCUACUUUUGAUGCGUGGACAACUGAAAAUCUACGAGUCAAAGGUUGGUUAAUUGAUUCUAUGUCCCCUGAGUUGAUGGGCCGCUUUAUUCGUCUUCGCACUGCCAAGGAGAUUUGGGAUGCUGUCAAGAAAGUAUUCUAUGAUGGCUCUGACGAAUCUCAAGUUUACGAAUUGAACAGGAAGGCAUUCACCUUCAAACAGAAUGGCCAACCUGUUUCCAAAUAUUAUAGCAUGCUUCAGAGUCUUUUUCAGGAACUGGAUCAUCGUGACCCCCCAUCUAUGGUGUGCGCUGCUGACACUGAUGCAUACCAGAAAAAACUCAACCGUCUUCGAGUUCAUAAUUUUCUUUUUGGAUUGGAUCCCGAAUUUGAUCAAGUCCGUAGUGAAAUCCUCCGCAAGGAACCUAAACUGGAUCUCGACCAAAGUUUUGCUUAUGUUUGCCGUGAUGCACAACAACGCGCCAAUUUUAUUGGUGCUGCCGCCUAUCUUGAUGCUACUGUCAUGGUGGCUCAACGUUCCAAGGGACCACCUUCAUCUUAUGGGAGUUCCUCGACCCAGGGGUUGGCUUUCCAUCUUGGUGAGAUCAUUCUAAGAAUAAAAGAAGUGGUCAUAAGGCACUCCAAGCCUCUGGACAUCCUCACAAGGAAGAUAAUUGGUUAUGGUACUAGAAGGGGCAAGCUGUAUUUUCUGGAUUUGGCACCAAGUGGUGAGACUCGGAUUUCUCAAGCCUUCAAGACUAGUGGAGAUCCGACCGAGAAAAAUCAGAAUUUUAUUUGGUUGUGGCAUAGACGGUUGGGUCAUGCCUCCUUUGGAUACCUUAAAAAGUUGUUUCCUUCAUGGUUUAGUAAACUUUCAUAUUUUAAUUUUAAGUGUGAUGUUUGUGAACUAGCAAAAAGCCAUAGAGUUUCCUUCCCUUUGAGUAUGAAUAAAAGUACAGUGCUGUUUGCAAUUGUUCAUUCUGAUGUUUGGGUUCUUGCUCCAAUUUCUACUCCUUCUGGUGCUCAUUGGUUUGUUACCUUUAUUGAUGAUUGCACGGAAGUGGUUCGAGCUUCAUUGUUUGAUGCUCAAAUGCCUCGUUCUUUUUGGGGAGAAGCAGUUUUUUCUGCUGCGUAUCUUAUUAAUCGGGUUCCCUCUAGUGUCUUGAACUUCCAAACACCAUUACAAGCCUUUCCGCAACAAGUUGGAGCCUCGAGCACUCAAGUGCGUGUUUAUUGGCUAUGCCUAACAGAAAAAAGGGCACAUGCGAGUCCAAAUACUGUUGAUGAUCAGUUCGACCUGGAAGGAUUCGUUACUUUGGAGUCGUUAUGUCAUCCAACAGUUCAAGAUGCACUAACCAACUCGUCAGAUACCACUCCAGAAACUAUGCACGAAAGUCUUGAUGACUGGUCGCGGUUGGUCUCCUCACCCACAACCCAGUCACCUGGUCAGGGGGAGAAGAAUGAUGUGUCUUCUGAACCUACAACCCAAGUAACAUCCCAGAACAUUGAUGUUGAAGAUUUAUAUUUAACUGAUUUGUUUUCAGACGAUCCAUCUAAUGAGAUACAUCUACAACCAUACCAAUUACCUGUUCGUAAGAAUUGUGGUAUCCCGAAGAUUCAAUAUGAAGCGGAUCCCAAAGCUAAAGUGAAGUACCUAAUUAGCAACCAUGUUUCCACUCAUAGAUUGUCCGCACCAUAUGCCAUGUUGAUCGAGCAACUAGAUUCUUUGUCUACACCAAGCAGUGUAGAAGAGGCUUUGAUGGAUCCAAACUGGAAACAAGCAAUGAGUGAUGAGAUGCAAGCUCUUCAAAAGAAUUCCACAUGGAAACUUGUUCCUCUCCCAAGUGGCAAACGAACUGUGGGUUGUAGAUGGAUUUAUACUAUUAAGUUGAAGGCAGAUGGAUCAAUCGAACGGUACACAGCUCGAUUGGUGGCAAAAGGAUAUACUCAGAGAUAUGGAGUGGAUUAUCAGGAGACGUUUGCUCUAGUAGCAAAAAUCAAUACUGUACGAAUCCUGAUAUCACUUGCUGCAAACUUGGAUUGGCCAUUACACCAAUUCGAUGUCAAAAAUGCCUUUUUACAUGGUGAUUUAGAAGAAGAAGUUUAUAUGGAUCCUCCGCCUGGAUGUAACUUGAGUUCCAAAUCAAAACACUACGUGUGCAAAUUAAAGAAGUCGUUGUAUGGUUUGAAGCAGUCACCUAGAGCAUGGUUUGGGCGGUUGACAAAGUCUAUGAGGGCAUUCGGAUAUAAACAAAGUAAUUUUGAUCAUACUUUGUUCUUGAAGCAUAAGGAAAAUAAAAUUACAGCUUUGAUAGUAUAUGUUGAUGAUAUGAUCGUAACUGGUGAUGAUCCUGACGAAAGAAAAGCAUUGCAAGAGUACUUAUCUAAGGAGUUUGAGAUGAAAGAUCUUGGUACACUUAAGUAUUUUCUUGGGAUAGAAGUAUCUAGAUCACAACAAGGUAUCUUCUUGUCUCAAUGA